AUGCCUAGCCCAGGAUCUUACCCGCUGGUGAUCAGUCUAGUGGUGAGCAUGGUCCGCCUCUCCAAAGUUCUCAUUGACGGAGGCAGCAGCGACAACAUCAUCUUUUCUAAGACACUAGAGAGCAUGGGUUACGACAUGACUUCCCCAGUCCUGACCCAGGAAGCCGUCUACAUGAUCAUUCCUGGCUCAUGUUCGAUUCCAGUCGGCCAAGUGACUCUCCCGAUUACCUUCGGAAUCCGGGAGAACUAUCAUACAGAGCACCUCCACUUCGAGGUCGCCUCAUUCGAGACUUUGUACCACGCAAUCUUAGGGAGGCCCACCCUCACCAGGUUCAUGGUAAUCCCCAACCACACGUAUCUUGUACUCAAGAUGCCGGCGCCAAAUGGAUUCAUCUCUAUUCAUGGUGACAUGAAGACCUCUCAAUCUUGUGAGACAGAGAAUAUCAGCAUCUCCGAGGCAUUAGAGCUGUCCAAGAAUGCUGUCUUGGUCGCCGAGUUGGCAAAGAAGAUUUGUCUAUAG